GAGAGAAGAUAAAAAGCAAUAUUUUCUUUUAUAUUCAGGUAAUAUUAUAUAUUGGACAUAAGCCAAGUGAUGUCUGUCCCUUCAUCAUCGUCUAAUAAGAUAACUGAUAAUAAACCAGGUGGUACAAGUCCAAGUCCUAUCGAAGGCAUCGAAGGUGUUCCAGGACCUAGUUCUUUAGAACCUAUGCAUUCCCUGUUAACGCAGGAUGAGGAAUCAGAAGAUUACGGGGAAGAUGGCGAAGAGGAAGAAGAUGACAGUAGCGAAGAAGACAGCGAAGCGACCACAGUCGUUUUCGCAUCGAGUACACAGUCCUGUUUUACACACAUGCGUACCCUUGGACGUCGUUCAGCCACAGAGGAAGCGUAAAAGCGAAACUGAACCGAGUUUACCUUGUAAAAAGCUUAACCCAGAAGACAAAUCCCAUUCAACGAUGGUUAAGAAAUUGGAUGACAAAAGCAAACAUACAAGAUGCGUUAUUCCAACGAAAGAUAAUCCUCCACCGGAAAUGAAUAAUUGGCUUCUUCAGUUUCAGAGAUGGUCAAACGCAGAAAGAAUGCUAGCUAUAGACGAAUUAAUCGAACGGUGCGAACCAACACAAGUACGACAUAUGAUGCAGGUUAUCGAACCUCAGUUUCAAAGAGACUUUAUAUCGUUGUUGCCAAAAGAAUUGGCUUUGUCGGUAUUAGCUUUCCUCGAACCUAGGGAUCUCUUACGUGCCGCUCAAACAUGCCGGAAUUGGCGAUUUCUUGCCGACGACAAUUUAUUGUGGAAAGAGAAGUGUAGAGCAGCUGGUAUAGAAGAUUUAAAGGACCUGCCUCCGACAAAACGUAAGAAUUGUAGGAAUUCUGGUAACUGUUCGUCUCCGUGGAAGCAGGCAUAUAUGAGACAACACAACAUAAAGAUGAACUGGAGAACAAAACCUAUUCGCACGCCAAAGGUUUUGAAAGGGCAUGACGAUCACGUCAUCACUUGUCUCCAGUUCUCUGGCAAUCGUAUAGUAAGCGGUUCUGACGACAAUACUCUUAAAGUGUGGUCCGCCGUUACAGGCAAGUGUAUUCAUACUUUGUAUGGACAUACGUCAACGGUCAGGUGUAUGCAUCUACAUGGUAACAAAGUAGUCAGUGGUAGUAGAGAUGCAACUUUAAGGGUAUGGCAAGUGGAUACCGGCGAAUGUUUACAUGUGCUCGUGGGCCAUUUGGCAGCUGUUAGAUGUGUGCAAUAUGAUGGAAAAUUAGUGGUUAGUGGCGCCUACGAUUAUAUGGUUAAGGUUUGGAAUCCGGAACGCGAGGAGUGCCUUCAUACUUUACAAGGACAUACAAAUCGUGUUUAUUCUCUGCAAUUUGAUGGCGUACAUGUUGUUAGCGGUUCUCUGGAUACAAGCAUAAGAGUAUGGGAAGUUGAAACUGGCGCAUGUAGACAUACAUUAAUGGGACAUCAGUCGCUUACUUCUGGAAUGGAACUGCGUAACAAUAUACUGGUAUCUGGAAACGCAGAUUCAACAGUUAAAGUAUGGGAUAUUGUUAGCGGACACUGCCUUCAAACCUUGUCCGGUCCAAAUAAGCAUCAGUCUGCCGUCACUUGUCUUCAAUUUAACAGUCACUUUGUAAUUACUUCGUCCGACGAUGGUACAGUUAAAUUGUGGGAUGUUAAAACUGGUGAUUUUAUAAGAAACUUGGUGGCUCUGGAAAGCGGCGGAAGUGGUGGUGUUGUGUGGAGGAUACGUGCAAGUGAUACAAAACUGGUGUGUGCAGUAGGUAGCCGUAAUGGCACGGAGGAGACCAAACUUCUCGUUCUCGAUUUUGACGUUGAGGUAAAA